AUGACUUCUUUAGGCAGGGAUAAGCUAGAAAGUACGUUGAGAAAAAGGUUUUUCUACACGCCAUCUUUCGAGAUAUAUGGCGGUGUGUCAGGUUUAUUCGACCUAGGUCCUCCUGGUUGUCAGUUGCAGAAUAACGUAGUUCAGCUGUGGCGAGAACAUUUUAUAGUGGAGGAAGACAUGUUACAGAUUGACGGGCCAAUGCUAACCCCCUACGAUGUUUUAGACGCUUCCGGUCAUGUUGAUAAAUUUACAGAUUGGAUGUGCCGAAAUCCGAAGACUAAAGAUUACUAUAGGGCUGACCAUUUGAUUGAACAGACGUUAAAGAAAAGACUACUCGACAAGGAUGUUGAUCCACUGGACCAUAAGCGUAUGGAGGAUGCAUUGGCCACAAUUGAUGGAUUUACGGGUUCCGACUUGGUUCGUACUAUGCAAGAAUAUAGGAUCAACGAUCCAGUCACUAACGAUGUUUUAGAUGCACCGACUCCAUUCAAUUUGAUGUUCCAGACAAAUAUCGGGGCAUCGGGUCAGUCGAAAGCAUUUUUACGACCAGAAACUGCUCAGGGACAAUUUCUAAAUUUCAACAAAUUGUUAGAUAUUAAUCAAGGUAAAAUUCCGUUUGCCUCUGCUUCAAUUGGGAAAUCGUUUAGGAAUGAAAUAUCGCCCAGGAGUGGAUUACUGAGAGCGAGAGAGUUUUUAAUGGCAGAAAUUGAGCAUUUCGUUGACCCGUUGGACAAGUCGCAUCCAAAAUUCGAUGAAGUGUCAGAUGAGGAGGUACCAUUACUAUCACGCCAAUUGCAAGAAAGUGAUGAACCUCACCUACCCGUUAGAAUGGCUAUUGGAGAAGCAGUAAAAACCGGAAAAGUAGAAAAUGAAACUCUGGGAUACUAUAUGGCAAGGAUUCAUCAAUUUUUGUUGAGGCUUGGGGUCAACAAGAACAAAUUUAGAUUCCGUCAACAUAUGAAAAACGAAAUGGCACACUAUGCCACUGAUUGUUGGGACGGUGAGUUAUUGACCUCAUAUGGAUGGAUUGAAUGCAUAGGCUGUGCUGACAGAGCUGCAUUCGAUUUGACAGUGCAUUCCAAAAAGACAGGGAAAAGUUUGAUGGUAAAGCAGAAACUAAACACUCCAAAGGAACGAACCAAGUUGGUUUUAGAAGUAAAUAAGAAACUUUUCGGACGGAAAUUCAAACAGAGGGCAAAAUUGAUCGAAUCCGCUCUAUUAAGUUUAUCACAAGAUAAGCUGUACAAUAAGCAUGAAGAACUGAAUAAGAACGGUAAACUUACCUUCCAAACAAAUGGUGAGACCGUGGAAAUUGACCAGAACUUGGUUUCUAUUGAAAUGAAGACAACUUUACAGCAUACAAGAGAGUACAUCCCCAACGUCAUUGAGCCCUCAUUUGGUUUGGGUCGUAUUAUUUACUGCAUAUUUGACCAUUGCUUUCGGACAAGGCCGGAUGAUGACGAAAGAACUUAUUUCUCAUUCCCGUUAUCGGUAGCACCAAUCAAGGUUUUUAUUACAACAAUAUCAAAUAACGAGAAAUUCCCUAGUGUGAUCAAGGAAAUGUCGCAAAUUUUGCGCACAAAAGAAAUAUAUUUCAAAGUCGAUGAUUCUAAUACAUCAAUUGGUAAAAAAUAUGCACGUAACGAUGAGUUGGGUACGCCCUUUGGCAUCACCAUAGAUUUUCAAACUUUGCAAGAUGAAACUGUAACUCUGAGAGAAAGGGAUUCUAUGAGACAAGUAAGGGGGACCGUUGAAGAAGUUAUUUCGGUAAUCGACAAGAUGGUUCAUGACCCUAUAAGCGAAUUCACGUGGAACAAGUCCACAGCAGGAUUACUGCAGGUAGCAGUACCCUGA